CUUGCAAACAGUCAGAGUGAGAGAGAGCUGCGUGCAGAGAGUGAGAAAGAGAAAGGAUAGUCUCCUCACUGGAGCUGUUUUGUUAACUCUCCCGCUGUCAUGGUGCCGCCGUCCCAGAUGUUCCUUUGAGGGAGAGCAGAGCGGAGCUGCAACGCUGAAAACCUUGGCCGAGGUGAGGGAACGUGAGCGUGUGGGACAACCGCAGGCGGCGAAGAGGAGUGUAAGACUGGACGAGCGAGAGGGGAACGACCACGAGGCGGCUGGACAUGGAGCUCAGCGGGUUUCUCCUCGUCUCUCUCCUCCAGGCUCAGCUGGGGAUCCUGUGGAGUCGUGAAGACGCAGAGAGCGGGGCGCCUCCGGAGACGUCAGCCUUGCAGAGGACAAGCCUCGAGCCGCCAAGAGGCGCCCGCAGCGCACCGCCACAGGGAGGCCGACUGGACAUCACCUUCCUGCCUGACAACAUGACCCAUAGAGUGGAGGACUCGCAGCGCUACUACAGCUGGCAGAGUUUCGGCCCGGACGACAGGCGCACCCAAGACUUGUGGGUGGACCUGAAUUCUCUACACAAGAGCCAAGUCCGAAUCCAUGGCAUCCUGUCCAACGCGCACCGGCAGGCGGCGAGGGUGGCGCUUUCCUUCGACUUCCCAUUUUAUGGACACGACUUGAGACAAAUUAUCAUUGCAACUGGUGGUUUCAUCUUCAUGGGGGACAUUACCCACCGCAUGCUGACCGCCACCCAGUACAUUGCCCCCCUCAUGGCCAACUUUGACCCCAGUUUUUCCAUGAACUCCACUGUGAGGUACUCGGAUAAUGGUCAUCUAUUUGUGGUCCAGUGGGACAAAGUGCGGCUAAAGGACAGAGAGGCUGAAGGAGCUUUUACGUUCCAGGCGGCGCUGCACAGAAACGGAACUGUGGUGUUUAACUACAGAGAGAUCCCAGUGCCAGUGGAGAGGAUUAACUCCACAGAGCAUCCGGUAAAAGUGGGACUGUCCGACGCAUUCAUGGCGUACCUCCCGUCUCAGCAGAUGACAGAUACAAAUCAGCGGACCAUCUACGAGUAUCACCGCGUUGAAAUCAACACCACCACGAUCGUCAGCGGAUCGGCGUUUGAGUUCACACCUCUGCCUACCUGUCUUCAACACACAUCCUGUGAUCUCUGCCUGGGGUCCAACCUGACAAGUGGAUGCGGGUGGUGCAACACGCUUCAACGAUGCUCAGAUGGGCUCGAUCGCCUUCGACAAGAGUGGCUAGAUUAUAACUGUCCCAAAGAGGCUGAAGGCACGUGCGAAGACUACUACCCGGCGUCGCACGAGGAAUCGACACUCACCUUCUACUCGUCAGCUACUCCGACGUCAUCUUCAGCCGAGUUCCACGACAACGUGGUCACCAGGGAGCCUCCGGAGCACACGAGGAUGACAGAGAAUGCGGCCAUAAUUGCCGGUGUGGUGGGGGCCCUCGUCCUGGUGGUGGCGCUGACCUUGCUGGCCGUGUACUACAUCAACACGCACCCCACGUUGGCUCCGCCCUUCUACCUCAUGCAGCGACGCAGCAACAACUACUGGCCCGCCAUGAAAUUCCGCAACCAGGACUACCCGUCGGGCUACGGCGAGGUGGAGCCCGUGGGUCACGAGAAGGAGGGUUUCAUCGAGGCCGAACAGUGCUGCUAAAGGCAGCCACCUGGAGAAUAAUAACAGAUUAAUAGGAAGUACACUCGCCAACUAUUGGCGGCUUUUCCUGGCUUUCUCCACGUCUCUUUGACAUUGCACACACACCAUACGUCGCAAGGUCGGAAGUGAAAAGGAGGAGAAAAAGAAAUAUUCAAAAAUAAAUGUCAAUGGACACUGCCUUCAUACUGUAUAGUACACUUCACGUCCGUUUUUAAUCCACUCCAUCUUUUUGGUUGGAGAGAGACAAAUGUUAGGUUGUUACAUUAUAUAAUUAUAAUGAUAAUAACUAAUGAUCAUUAUGAAAUUGACAUCCUUGUUUUAUUUGUCCUGUUUAAAUGUCUUAACACAAAUAAUUUGAAACAGUUUACUGUUGCAACCCCCUCCACACACACACACACACACACACACACACAUCUACACUACCAUGCAACCAUGUUGUUUCCCAACCUUUAUUGAGCUAUGCCACACAUUUUAUAUUCUGACGAGUAUGCCACCAAACAAAAAUAUUACAAAAAGGCAUGUAGAGUACACUGAAAUGAUGAAAUAAUUACUUCGUCUCAAUUCGUUCACGAAUUUAUGUAAAAUAUGGGCCUGUUUAGAACACAAAGCUAUUAUUCUGUUUGUACGAAUGGCAACAAGCGGAAACACAGGUUAAUUGUCCCUUCCGCCAUCUAGUGGAAGACUAUUUAAUUGUUCCGCCUGUCACUACGUUUCACUGCCAUAGAUGGAUAAACAAAGAUACAUUAUUUGUAUGAAAUUAAUGUAAAUCAAUCAUCUUCAGGGAUAAACAAAGAUAUAUUAUUUGUAUGAAAUUAAUGUCAAUCAAUUAUCUUCAGACCAACCUGCAGCACAUCUGAUGAUCUCUCACAACACAUGCACAGUGGUUGGGAAUGACUGGUGGAUUAAAGGAAACAAUCCGUAAUUAUGGAUGCAUUUGUGUAUUUAACUUAUUUAUCCAGGUAAGGCAAACGUAUUCCAUGUGUCUUAAUAACUUGUCUAUAGGAUGCUUUCGUCAAAAUACCCCAAGGAUCAAUAAUU